AUGGACAUUCGCAAGAUCCGGAAACCUCUGAUGGAGAAGAAAAGAAGGGCACGGAUAAAUGACUCGCUGGAGAUCCUCAAGGAGAUCAUCAUAAGGAAUUCUGCGCUGUUUCCCACACAAAACAAUCGCCCUGCGAAGCUGGAGAAGGCGGAUAUUCUGGAGUUGACAGUGCAAUAUGUGCGAAUUCUGCAUAGGAAGUUGGCCGCUUCGGAGAACGUGAGUGACGGAGUGACUUCAACAACGUCUGACGGUGCGGAAAAUUCAUGCAAACGGGGAAAAUCGUCUGAGGAGAAGGAAAACCUGCCGUGCGCCUUCAGAAGAAUCCACUGCAAUACGUUAUCAAAGCACUGGCGACCGUGGAGAUGA